CUGCACUUGUACUGCAGGUGGCCUGUUUGCAGCGUAAAAGGCACUCCCUGAGCACUGCCCCAUCUCAGUCAUGCAGGGACUCAGAGAGGCCCUGUGCUCUGCCAUCACUGAGAUAAAGUCUGUCAAAGAAGAGAACAAGGCUCUGAAGGAGGGGACGGGCCAGCAGAUGGAGAAGCUCCUUGAGCAGAAGCAGUUAAUGCGAGGUGCUCAAGAGGAGGUGAAAAUGAAAGAGGAAGAGGAGAAGGAAAGGAAAGAAAAAGAAGCAGAAAGGGAAGGUUAUAAAAGAAAAGAAGGAGAACAAACAAAAUGAGAACGUAAAAUAUGUAAAACUGAACAGUCUUGGUUUAAUUACAUAGUAAGAAACUGGUAAGACUGUGGAAAGAAGCCACACUUUC